AUGAACUUGCUAAAUCUACCAAAUGAGCUCGUGAUAGACAUAGCGGACUUGAUCGAAGACGAGUAUAGCAUCAAUGCACUCCACCAAACAUGCAAACGAUUCCACCAACUCCUGAACCACUCUCUUUACGAGUUAAAUGUGCGCAUCUCACACGCCUGCGCUCUCGAAUGGGCCGCUAAAAAUGGCUACCAUGAAUCCGCACGAAAGUCACUGCAAGCUGGAGCUUCACCCAAUGCAUCCGUCUUCGAAGAGUGGCUUCCUAUGGCACUUGCUUGCAUCCAUGGCCAUGACGCUAUCGUUCAAUUAUUGAUAGACUACGGAGUCGAUCCAAGUUCAACCGAAAGCUGGUUACGGGAGCCUGCUUAUGAGCCUCAGAGUGAUGAUGAAGGCUGCCCGCUUAUAUUAGCGGCUGGUCGUGACCGGGAAAGUGUUGUUCGGCUUCUUAUUUCUCAUGGUGUCGAUCCGGAUAUUCGCUCUAUCAUUCUCGACGAUAUUGUUCUUUCUGGACUUGGUAUGGCGGCGCGGAAUGGGCAUUUGUCGAUUGUUAAGUUACUUGUCGAGCUUGGCUGUGAUCCUUAUAUUAAGGGUUGGUUUGGGUCGAGUAUUCUUGCGGACGCGGCUCAUGGGGGACAUUAUGAGACUGUUCGUUUCUUGCUAGGGGUACGGCCUCCGAUAGAACCAUCCGUUGAGGCUAAUUCGGCUCUCGAUACGGCAGCCCAAGAAGGUCAUGCAGACGUUGUGGAUCUGUUACUGGAAAAUGGGAAGACCCCAACGCCACUCAGCUCGGAGUACCCUUUACAUCCUUUGAUCAUGGCAGUACAACGCAAACACUACUUAAUUGUGGAGAAACUCCGACAUGCCAUGGAUCUUGAAGCCUUUGUCAGACACGGCGAACCUGAUGAUGACCAUCAUCGGCAGCUACUCAUGAUAAGCGCUGCAUGUGGCUGGAAUAGCCUACUUGAAAAGCUACUUCAGCGUGGCUGUUCAACGGACUUUCUUCACACGCAGAGACUACUCUGGUCCCUAAAGGAAAAGCGACCAGGGCUCAACCUUUUCAAGUAUGAGAGACACGCAUCACCUCUGGCAUUAGCGGCCCAUCGCGGCCAUCACGAUUCUGUUAAGCUUCUUCUCAACCACGAAACCAAAGCCUCUGUCAUCGAGCAUUUGUUGAACGAGAGAGAGGGCACACCGCUGCUAGCAGCGAUUGACGGCGGACACAAACGGAUCAUAAAUAUGCUCCUAGAUAAAGGUGCAGAUCCGAAUCUUUUAACCCAUGAUCUUAUACCUAUAUUUUUCAAAGCCAUCGACUCGGAUACACCAGAGAUACUCGAAUUACUCUUCGACCGGGGAGCAAACCCGGAACUAGAGGCUAAACAUCGCGGCUCCUCUGAUUACGGAAAAUCGGUUUACGUGCAAGCGCUAGCAUCUGGGAAUCUUAGUACUGUGAAGUUCCUACAGCGGCGAUUUUCUUUCAAAGAGCCCCAAAGGCCUACUGGCUCUUUUUCUUUGUCAUAUAUCCAAGCAGCUGCACAAGGUGGAUUCUCAAUGAUGGAGUAUCUUCUCCAAAAUGAUUAUUCAGUUAUGCCCGGCAGUCCUAAAGUUGCCGAAGCCUUGCGAGUUGUUCUAUCGAAAGCAGAUACUGCAAGUUUGGCUCUUCUCUUCGAAAGACAGCUAAUCGAAGGCUUGGUUUCAAUCGGCGAUAAAAGCAUCAUGGCAUUGGUUGAUUCACCAAGUCGGGAUUUGGCUGCUAUGGCCGCUACUCUCGACAUGCUUCUAGCACAUGGAAUCAAAAUGCAGAUCGAAGAGCGAGAUAAGUCUCCUCUACAUGACCUUAAUUUCCACCAAGAUAGGUUGGAUCUAUUUAAACUAUUAUUGGAUCGGGGAGCAGACCCUUUACGAAAGGAUGGUAAAUAUGGCACAACUCCAUUGACACGAGCCUCGGAGACAGGAAGCAAGGAAUUGGUUCGACUUAUGCUCGAAACACUGGAUGGUCACAGUAUCCCACUUGAGAAAUUGAAACGGGAGCUGGGGCGGGCUGAGUAUAUGGCAGAGUUGGCGCUCGAAAGGUUUAUAGAGGUCGAUGUGCGUCCGCUUCUACGUCGAUUUUAUUGGCGCAAGAAGUAUCAACAUAUAUCGAUGCCGAAUCGGAGACAAAAGUGA